AUGAAUGAACCAAAAGGCGCUUCGGUUGAUCCUGCUAUUGGCUUAGUUGAAAGCGGGUCUGAGGAAGCAGAUAUAGAUACACCUACUCAAGGCGACUUGGAUACUCUGAGAAGAGUUGCAGGUCCGUUGCCAUGGUCUGCCUUCCUCGUUGCUGCCGUCGAAUUGUGUGAGAGAUUUGCAUAUUACGGAAUCGCUGGGCCUUUUCAAAACUACAUUGAAAACCCGUACAGACCUGGCAGUCAAACUCCGGGUGCACUAGGGCUUGGCCAAUCGGCGGCAACUGGAUUGACGAGUUUCUUCCAGUUCUGGUGCUACGUUACUCCAACCCUUGGUGGCAUGGUUGCGGACCAGUACCUGGGGAAAUACAAUACCAUCGUUAUCCCUGCAAUUAUUUACAUAGUUGGAUUGGCUAUUUUGGUCUGCACUUCCUUGCCUGUGGCGAUCACCCACAAUGCAGCACUCGGUGGGCUCAUCACAGCUAUGAUUGUCAUCGGCCUUGGGACCGGAGGAAUUAAAUCGAACAUUUCUCCUUUAAUUGCAGAGCAAAUCAAGGUUAACAAGCUCUCAGUUAAAACAUUAAAAUCGGGGGAACGGGUUAUUGAAGACUCUGCACGGACUAUUGAGCGCGUUUAUAUGAUUUUCUAUUUGUGCAUCAAUAUUGGUUCUCUUUCCCCUAUCGCAACCACCGAAUUGGAAAAGCAUGUCGACUUCUGGGCUGCAUACUUGCUGCCGGCGUGCGUAUUCGUUAUAUCCUUUACAGUGGCCGUCAUUGGAAGAAAGUAUUAUGUCGUCCGUCCACCAAAAGGUCCAGUCAUUCCGCAAGCAUUCAAAGUUAUUUGGAUCGGCCUAAGGAAUAAAGGGAAUCUGGACGCAGCAAAGCCCUCAUAUCAAGCUGCCUACGGACAUGGACCCCAUGGUAUCCAUUGGGAUGACCGUUUCGUGGAGGAAAUGAAACGUACCUUGAUGUUAAACAAUUUCAUCUCCCAAGCAGGCACCAUGGAGCUUCAUGGAAUUCCCAAUGAUCUGAUGCAAAACAUUGAUCCCUUGACUAUCAUUAUUUUCAUUCCCAUUUGUGACCGGCUUCUAUAUCCAUUCUUGCGCAAAAUGGGGGUUCCUUUUAAACCAGUAACUCGUAUUACAACAGGCUUCAUGCUGGCCUCCGCUUCUAUGGCGUAUGCUGCCAUUGUCCAGCAUUUGAUCUACAACCGGCCGCCUUGCUACAAUUUUCCGAAAAAUUGUCCAGCAAGCAACGACGGCGAGCUUGGCAAUCGCAUCCAUGUUGCGAUACAAACACCGGCUUACCUCUUUAUCGGGUUGUCCGAGAUUUUCGCAAGCAUUACCGGGAUCGAGUACGCUUUUACAAAAGCACCACUUUCAAUGAAAUCAUUUGUUACGGCAGUAUUCUUGUUGACCAGUGCGUUCGGCGCUGCGCUUGGCAUGGCACUCUCUCCAACUGCUAAGCAUCCAAAGCUUGUUUGGAUGUAUACCGGUUUAGCUGUCGCGUCUGCCACUGCAGGCGUCAUCUUCUGGCUCCUCUACAGCCGAUACAAUGAGAAAGAGGAGGAAUUGAAUGCUCUUGAGGUGCCACAGGCGGAGGAUGAGAAACCUGUUGCGGCAAACCAAAUAUCAAUAACUGGCCGUGGGGGAACAAGGUCCUAA